AUGGGGAUCCAUAAUCCUUACGACGAUGAUGCUGAUGAGUCAGUUAUUGAGAAUCAGAAAACAAAUGAGGUUACACUGGAAUAUGUAAAUGCAGUAGAUGUACUUGAAAAUAAGGCAUCAACUUCACAAACAAUAGAGGAGGUGCAGAGCAUUGACAGUGAGGUAGUAACGGAACCUUGGAAAAAGUAUACACCAAUACAAUUACAGCCACCUGUGAGUGCCCCACUAGUGCCUAGUGAAAACAAAGUGACACCCGUAACAGUCAUUAAACCUAUGACGUCCUCAAAUAUUGCAAAAAAAUAUGUUCUGUUGCUUGACAAGAGGCUACAAAUAGUUGAUACACAACUUAGUCAUAUUAAAGUGGAAAAUAAACUAAAAAUAAAAAAAUGA